AUGCACGGCCAGGGACAAUUUGUUUCACCAUUCACCACGUUGGCCCUCGUGGCCAUUCUCGCGUUAACGAACGCGACAUUGCCAGAGACCGUGAAAUGGACCGGCGGCAGCUUCGAAUGGCCCUGCUCCACCACGAGAAAUAUGUUCAAAAGCAGCGGGAAAUACAUCUCGAAGAACGUGAUCGCAACUAGGGUCGCUAUGUUUGAGAACAAGGCCAUUGUGGCCCUGCCCAGGUACAAGGCUGGUAUUCCAGCAACGUUGGCGCAGAUCUCUCACAAAAGCGAAAACUGUGAAGCAACCCUUGUUCCAUAUCCUUGCUGGUCCCUCCAGGAGGAAGGAACCUGCACAGCACUGCAGAACGUUGUGGACAUUUAUCUGGAUCCUCAGAACAUCCUCUGGGUCCUCGACACUGGCGUUGUGAGCACCUUGGACGAACCUGUACGGAAAUGUCCGCCAAAAGUGCUCGCUAUCAACGUGGUCACGGGCAAACUGGUGAAAACCAUAGACCUGACCGGGCUGACGACCUCGACGUCCCGACUCCAAUACCUGGUGUCCGAUUAUAGCCGUGACGGACGAGUGUUCGUCUACGUGUCGGACGCUGCCUCCAGAGCGAUCCUCGUCUACGACGUCACCCUCGGUCGAGGUCACCGCGUGGUUUUGCCUCAGGCGGUCGCUACGGGCGCAACACGAAGGGACGUUCUCUAUCUAGCUCUCCUCCGACGCUCGGACGGCAGUACCUGCUUGAUUUUCACCUACCUGAGCAGCAGCCGCAUGUUCUCGAUCAGGACCGAGCACCUGCGCAGCGGUUCCGCGAACGGGAAGAUCCACGAUCUCGGCGCCAAGCCGAAGAAAAUGGUCCUGCUGGGCACGGACAAUGGCAGCGCGCUCUUCUUCCGGUACGAGGGCGAGUCGGAUGUUUACCGAUGGGACGCGACCAAUCCGUUCGUCUCACGGUGUUUCGACCAAGUGUACACCAGCGCCGAUUGUUCACUGGUGACCCAUGUCGUCGCCGAUUACGCGAGAGCCAGGAUGCGCGUGCUCGAGUCGAACUUCCCGGACUACAUGCAGGGAUCGGUCGGUUGCGGCGCCACGCAAUCGUUGAGCGUCAUGUGAUC